AACAAGUGUCUCUCCUCCCAACAAGAGGCCAGUUAUGAUGUGUGUGUUUGCGUAAAGGGACCACAGAAAUAGGAACAGGAAGUCAGCUCGGUGCCUUCACGAAAACCUACAGCAGCAAAGUUCUGCGUGGGUCUCGGUGUGUUUGUGUUUGUCGGUGUGAUGGACCCAGCCAAGACGGGACCCCUGGCCCGGAGGCCCGACAACUCGGCCUUCAAGCAGCAGCGUCUUCCUGCCUGGUCGCCCAUGCUAACGGCUAGCACGGUGCUGCCUUUUUUCUACUUCAUGGCUCUGAUAUGUUUGCUGCUGGGAGUGUGGCUGCUGCUUACUGUUCAGGGUGUGCAGGAAGUCAGGGUGGACUACACAGACAAUGGCGCAUGUGCCGUUUGUCAUGAACUGCGUAAGAACGUAAGCAACGCUGCAAAGUCCUGCACUUGCAAAUUAGACUUUCACAUCGACAAGACCUUCAAGGGAGAUGUCUUUUUCUACUACGGCCUCCAAAACUUCCACCAGAACCUGCGUCGGUACAUGGACUCCCGAGACGACGGGCAGACUGUUGGCAGGAAGACCAACCUGAAGAAACCAAGUUCCUAUUGCAAACCAUUCGCCACAAAUGAUAAAGGACUGCCUAUUGCUCCCUGUGGUGCUGUGGCCAACAGUAUCUUUAAUGAUACCUUUCUUUUCAAAUAUCACAGGUCACCCGGUUCCGAAUACUUGCUUCCCUUACUACGGAACGGCAUCAGCUGGUACACGGACAAAAACAUCAAAUACCGCAAUCCCCAGAUGGACAACCUGAGCCUCGCCGAAGUCUUCCAAGGCACAGUCCAGCCCCCCUACUGGCAGAAGCCCGUAUACGAACUGGACACAAAUGACCCAAUCAACAACGGCUUCAUCAACGAGGACCUCAUUGUCUGGAUGAGGGAGGCGGCGUUCCCCAACUUCAAGAAGCUCUACGGCGUCUUACACCGAGCCAACAAGCCCUUCCAAAGCGGCCUUCCCAAAGGAAACUACAGCGUGGAGAUAACCUACAACUUCCCUGUGCAGUACUUCCGUGGUAGAAAGCAAGUCGUACUGACUACGGUGAACUGGUUCGGAGGGCCAAAUCAGUUCCUGCCUAUCGCUUACUUGGUAACCAGCAGCCUGGUCCUACUGACUGCCAUUACACUCACUGUGGUCUGGUGGAAAUUUGGCAAACAUGGGAAGAACAUGGAGGAAUGAUGGGUCCACCUGCAGCCAUUGCUGUUGGUCACAGCGUGAGGGCGCCCAAGGAAGGCCCGCCUUUUUUAGGCGCACUCCAGACGGCGCCCACAUGCUGUGCUGGCCGGCCAUGUUGUUCCACUCCCACACAGACGAGGCAGAGAUCUGAAUGUCUGCCACGCCGCCGGACUCCAACCCCAGGGUUCCAUAGCAGCCUGAAAAAAGAAGACAAAAAAAAAAGUAUUCAUAAAAGGGAUGCAAAUGAUGUGACAAAUGCAUUCAUAGCAUUUGAUGUUGUUGCUUUACUAAAGGACCGUGAACUCACCAUUUGUCCUGAAGGUGAAGAGACUGUUUGACAGGGAUCCUCUGAGGGAACACAAGGACAAUAAAAGUUGAAAUGGCUGACUGACUUUCCUGUUCAUUACAAUAACACAGUGGGAGAGCAGAGAGUCUUCUUUCUGCCUUACUUACCCAGUGGACAUGACAUUGUUAGCCAGUGUGCCCUCGUACAGCGGGAUGCCUUUGCUGC